UAAACAAACAGAUAUAGUAAUAGAAAUCAUAUAUAUUAUUAAAUUUUAUUUUUUAAAUAUUCAGUGUGGAGCGACACAGUGGGGACACAGCAUCAGAACAGCUGGGGGCGGGGGCGCCGCAGUGCCUCAGGAGGUCUCAUCCACCCCUCACCGAUAGGUCACAUCUUGAGCCUCCAGGAACUCCUCUACAGCAUGCAAUGACCUCAUUAUCAAUUCCAAAAUGGUGACUACUCAAGUGUGAUUUCAGUUUGGGAAACAAAUACAAGACAGUAAUGGAGGGCUUGCCUCAGCAUCUCUCACACCUCCACUAACCAAACAGCACCAGGAUGGCCUUCGCCGGAAGAUGGGAAACUGAGACCCAGGAGGGAUACGACGCUUUCUGCAAGCUGCUCGGCAUCCCCGACGACAUCAUCGAGAAGGGCCGCGACUACAAGCUGAUCACAGAGGUCAUCCAAAACGGGAACGACUUCACCUGGACCCAGAUCUACCCCACCAAUGCUAAAGUCAGCAACAAGUUCACCAUUGGCAAGGAGAGCGACAUGGAGACCAUCGGAGGGAAGAAAUUCAAGGCCACAGUGUCCUUGGACGGAGGCAAGCUGAGCGUGAGCUUCCCCAACUACCACCACACCUCUGAGAUCUGCGGUGGCAAGCUCAUCGAGACCUCCACAGCUGGCUCCGUUGUGCUGAAGAGAACCAGCAAGAAGCUCUGAAAUGCCUCUGACUGACCGUGAACAGUUACAAUGGAGACCUCAGAGCUACACUUUUGGCAAUGAAUAAACUAAGAGUAUCUUGCCAACCUGAA